CGCACAUCUGGAGAGCGCGUUCGUUAUGAAUUUGAAACAAACUGCCUCAGCCUGAAUGUGAUAUGAUACAGACUGUGAUUAGAUCUUUCUGAAGUCUUGUCAUUCAGCUUUAUUUAACACAUCUGACCUGUCAGACACCGCGCGACUGGGAGUAGCUGGAGUCGAACAGCCCGGUUACAACAGCUGGAUGAGGGCUGGAAACAUCUGCAGCGUCUGUUCCAGAGUUUGUAAAAUGAAGCAGCAGCUGAACGGCUCUCUGCCGCCUGUCCCGGAUGAAACAUCCCAGGAAUGAAGCGAAGCGGUUUGGGAGCGUGACGGGCUGAUGGGACAUGUAGGAGCAGUCCUGUCGUCACUUACAGAAACUUUCAGUUGAACAGGAGCAUCCAGGUGGAGCGGACAGGAAUGAACCGGAUGAAGGAGCUGAGUUCUCUUCCACCGAGACCGCCGAGUUUACCUGCAGCCUCCCCGAAGAGGCGGUUCGUGAAGCUGGGGAGGAAGACGAGUGAUGGCUCUCAGCAAUCAGCUUCAUCCACCGGCAGUUCAUCCACCAGCAGGUCAGCCGAGGGAGUGGCCGUCAGACAGCCCAGCAAGAGCAGCAUCCGUCGCCAUACCAACCGCCUCUCAGGUGUCUUCCUUCGCGGCCCCGCCUCCAGCCCAGGCUCCAUGGCUCUGACGGCAGGUCUCAGGUCAUCGCUGUCCAUCCAGGCCAGGAAAGGCAGCAUGAUGUGUGCGGAUCCUUUGAUUGCGGACGACCCGUCUGAGCUGUCCAAUCAGAUUAGUGCUCCAGGAAUCCUGAAGAUCUUUGGAAAUGAAAUCUGUGAAGGAGCUCACUACAAGAGCGUCCUGGCCACCACACACUCCAGUGCAAAAGAGCUGGUCAAAGAGGCCCUGGAACGGUACGGUCUGGGCAAGGAGGAAGCAGAGUCCUACGUUCUCUGCGAUGCCAUCGGCUCCAUCAGCGAACAUCAGUGGAGGACGGAAGGGUUCAGAGUCGUCGGCGACAACGAGAAGCCCCUCCUCCUGCAGUCACUAUGGAAACCCAGAGAGGGCCUGGCGAGACGGUUCGAGAUCCAGAGGAGGAGCUUGGUGGAGGAGAAGACGUCCAGAGACAAAGACACCAUCACUGCUGGCAUCAAUGCUCAGGCUCGAAAGCUGCAGAAGAGCCGCUCCAGAGUGACCUCCACCCUCAUACACAGGACCGUGGGCCGAAGCCACAAACUGUGGAGGAGCAAAAGUGAGAUGGACCUCUUAGAUUCUGACACAGAGACCAAACAGGACGCAGAUCACGAUAAGUGUGUUAAGGAUCGAGGUGAGGGCCUGAAUCAAACGUCACCGCAGAGCUGCAAGCGCCCCAAAACAAGCCCAGAACAGAAUCACAUUCACAGCCUGGAAACUCCCCCCCAGGGGUUUCAGGCCAAAACAGAGACCCUCUGUCCGUCAAGGCCGAGAGGCGAGCGGGAAGGAGAGGAGUCGCAGAGGGAGGGGAUGGAGAGCAGCGACGAUAACGCCACACAGUACGCCAUUCACCCUCCUCACGACUGUCCGUACCUGCUGCUGCUGCAGGGCUGCAGCCCCACACAGGACUUCCUCAUCUACCUACUUGUGGGGCUCGAAACUGUCAUUGGCCGGAGAAGUGAUCAUGAAGACGGGUCAAAACCAGACAUCUUCCUGUUCGCCACCGACAUCCUUCGGAGACACUGCUGCUUCCAUCGCCGUAGCCCCGGCGGCCCCACCAUGCUCUGCCCCUCUCAGGAUGCUGUGGUCACGAGGAACGGCGAAGUCCUGAGAGAAAAAGUACAGCUUAAUCCUGGUGAUGUCAUCGGACUGGGACAAUGCUACCUGUUUCUUUUCAAGGAUCCGGUUGCUUUGAUGCACAAGGAGGUGAACAGUUCUGCCCCUGAGCCCAGCUGGUCUGCUGUCCCCUGGAUGUUGGGUCAUAGCACCUCUACCACUAGAACAAGCCCCACUACAGACAAGAUCCUCUGCAACAGCUGCAUCUCCCCCUGCACUGACCCCCAGAGCAGCAAAGAGCCCCUGAGCAGGGGCCCCCCAUUUUUACAGUCACCUGAGGGCCACAGCCUGACUCUGAACUAUGACCCAGAGGACGAGGAUCGCAUCGUCAGGGAGAUCGUUGCUAUGGGAAGCACCAGAGUCAAAGACAGGCCGGUGCUGACUGCAGCGUUUCUGCUGUGUAUGUGUGUUCAGUAUUCGUCCACAUGUCUUCACACCUCGGACCUGCGCAGACUCCUGCUGCUCACUGCCAGUGGGAUCCAGAGAGUCAUGUGGGAGCACACUAAGGAUCUGGCGGCAGUUCAGCCUGAAGCUCUCAGUGGUGAAGACUCAAACUCAGAGGACCUCCAGCCUCUGAGCCUGCCCGAGGUGAUCUCAGGACUGCGCCCCCUGGUGGUGUGGAUGUCCAACAGUCUGGAGCUGCUGCAGUUCAUCCAGUACCAGCUACCUCUUAUUCUGGAGUGGAGAAGCAGAAAGGAGCAGGGGCAGGAGGAGGAUGAAGAAAGGGAAGAUGAUGAGAGCAAGGAGGCGGAGAGCUUAGCCAUGUUGGAGCUCCGUCUGUCCUGCGUCCGUUCAGCCAGUGAGGAAACGAUGGCGGUUCUGGAGGAGGUCGUCAUGCUGGCCUUCCAGCAGUGUGUGUACUACGUCACCAAGGUCCUCUAUCCCAUCCUACCUGGACUCCUGGACUGCAACCCGUUCAGGGAGAGUCCAGGUGAGAGUAGCUGUGGACCGCAGGUUCCCGCAGAGAUCCAGCAGGUUGUGGAGGUCCUGAACGAGACCUGGGUGCUGCUCUCAGACUGUCAGCUCCACCCAGAGAUUUCCUCUCAGCUGAUUGGCUACGUCUUCUACUUCAUCAACGCAUCGCUCGUCAACUCGCUCAUGGAGAGAGGCUCAGAGCCAGGUUUCUACCAGUGGUCCAGAGGAGUACGGAUCAGGGCCAAUCUGGACCUGGUCCUGGACUGGGCCCAUGCAGCUGGACAGGGAGAACCGGCACUGGAGCACACACACACACUCUCCUCAGCUAUCAAUCUCCUGGCCACACCCAGGAAGAAUUUACUGCAGACAUCUUGGACGUCCCUGCGGUCUCACUACCCCUCCCUGAGACCGGCUCAGCUGAACCACCUGCUGGGUCUGUACAGCCCAGCGUCCCCCUGCAGACACAUGUGGACUCCGUCGGCUCAGGACGAAGCAGCAGCUCAUGGAACCGCUGACGUCCUGGAGAGUUUUGACACCCACCACCCUUUGGUGCUGCCUGUUGGGGGGUACCAGCUCCAAGUGAGAAGAGCUGUAACAGAUCCAGGUCUGAGGGACCAGCUCGACAAGCUCAGAGCGUUCAUCCCCUCUGAGCCUGAGCCUCGGUCCUCUGACGUCACAGCUACCAGGCAGCAGCAGAGUGGUUCCUGUCUUCAGGAGACUCUCCACACCCACCCACCCCCCUCUGCCUUACCUCCGUCACCCCCGUCACCCCCCUCCCCUCUCUCCACCCACUACCUGGACGAGUUCAGCUCCUGCGGCGCCGUCCUCCUGUCCCAGAAGCUCAGACAUCUGGAGCUGCAAAUCCGAGAGAUGACGAGCAGCGAGGUGAGGAGGUCGGCUCUGGACCCGUCCUGUCUCCUCACCCCUCCCAACACCCCCCACGUCGUGGAGCCUGGGGACCAGGUGAAGACAGACCAGGAGAAAAGGAUGAAGGCCGUCAGUGAGACGCUGCCCUGCUCCUCUGAUGUAGAUGAUGAAGGUGGUUUAGUGUUUGAGUGUCUGUCUGCGCUGAGAACGGACCGUCUGACAUCAGACUGUCCUCAUAUGAAGAAAAUUAAAGAGGAAGAGGGGGAGCAAGAGGAAGAGGAGGAGGAGGAGGAGGACCAUUAUGACGACAGCAGUAAUGAGAUUUUCAGUCUGGAGCUGGAGCGAGGGGAAAGAGGACUCGGUCUUGCUCUGGUUGACACAAGGGACACCUCCUUCAGGGUGAAGGGCGUCUUCAUCCGUGCCGUGGUCCCGGACUCUCCUGCAGCUCGCUGUGAGAAGCUGGUUCCAGGAGACCGGAUCCUGGCCGUUAACGGAGUCAGUCUGCUCGGACUGGACUACGACAGUGGGAAGGAGCUGAUCCAGUCAUCCGGAGACAGACUGAGGUUACUCUUGGCCAGAUGUGACUGGAUGGCAAAGGCCAUACAGACUGACUGCUGACUGUUUCAGACUGAGAGACUGUUGCAGCAGCACAGACACACUCAUCAGAGCUGGUUGAAUAUUCAGGUUCAGAGUCGCUGAGGAGGACGACAUGCACUAAUGAGAUGAGCUUUGUCCCGGUGGAACUGGGGACCAGCGUUCAGCUACAACGGAGACAAGAUAAAGAAAAAAUCCACAUAAAGCUUCAGCAUUCCUCGUUUCACAGCCCCCACCUCUCUGAACUCCUCUGGACAGAUGAACGCUGUGAUGGUGGUGGAGAGUCUCAAACCCGAGGGGUGGAGAUGAUGAUUCACAUCUUAUCAUUAUGUUUCUCCAUGUUGUAUUUAUGAGUCUUUGAUCAAUAUUUUUCCUUUAGUGUGUCACCUGCCUGUAGUUCCCAUUAUCAUAUCAUAAUAAUCACUGAUGUAGUGAUGCAGCGUUCUGUGAGUCUCCUAAUGAGGAGUUUACUCACUGAUGACGUCAGUUUCUGGGACACGACGGUUCGAGUCGCACAUUCGAUGACGUCACUGCAACACGACCUGUUUCACAAACUGAAGCGCGGCGACUCUGUCAGAGCGUCGCUGCUGUUCUUGUUCAGUUUUUUUUUGAUUGGAUGUGAUGUUUGUUCCAUGUUGUUGAUCAGUCUGAGUCUGAAUUUUAAAUGAUAAAUAUAUACAUGUAUAUAUAAACAUAAACACAGAUGACU